UUUGUGAAAUUGUUAUCACACUUCUUAUCAUUCGAAAAUUAAAGAACUUGAGUUAUUGAUAUUUGCUUAUCGACAUUGUUAAUUUUUUAAAUGCAUUUGCCAAUACAUCACAAAAAUCUUCGCAUUAAAUACUCGUCUGAGCAGCUAUCGUAAAACGAAAUCAAGAGUAUUUUUUCACAAGUAAAUUCAACACGUUAAGUAAUCAAUGAUGUGUGGAAAAAAUCUCGCAUUUUGGUAUUGCAUACUUCCAUUUACCGCUUCAUCCUCAGUAUUUUGGACAAAUUUUAUAAGUGACAAUGAAGAAAAAGAUUAUUCAACAGUUCAACUUGAUGCAAAUACUAUGAUGAUGAAGAAGAGAAAUUAUAACGACGAAGAAGAUCGGUAUAAUUUUCAUGAAAAUUUUACCAAAAAUAACGAUGAUAUGCAGUAUAUGUAUAGCGUCAAUUUUACAAAUAACCGCGAGCAUGACGAUUUGAUACAAUAUAAAUUUCGAGCGCAUGCUGAAAAGAAUCAUGAGAAUGAUAAUCAAAUGCUAGCAGAUAAUAUCGUUCCGUACAAAAUGUGCGAUAAUAUUACUUGUAUUCGGCUAUGUUGUCCUUUCGGUAAUUAUCUGGUUAACGGAAAAUGCAUUGCCGAACAGGGUAAAUUUAUUUUUCUGGAAAAUAUAUAUGGAUAUGUUAAUAAUUCGUUAAACAACGAAAAUAAAGGAGAAUUAUUUCUUCUGGUCGUUCACGAUCCGUGUCCGAAGACUGGACACUAUUUGCUUAAUUCUUACUAUAAUACGUUUUUGCCUAAUGGCUCUUUAUAUCUACCUUAUUACAAUACAAUUAUCGAAUCAACAUCCUAUUGCUUCGCUACUGUAGAUAACGAUAUAUUUGCUGUGAACGUUUGCCUUGAGAGUAUAAAAAAGAUCAUGAAUAAGACUAUAAAUUAUAAUGAAGAUGCAAUUCAUCCGAUUAUAAAGAUAUCUACAGAUAUGAAUAUAACGAACACCAUAGACAAGAGUGGAUCCACGUCACUCGAGUACUUUAAAAAUUUUAAUAUAGAUAAUGAUCAAAAUAAUAUCAGUUCAUACAAUAUGUGCGACAAUAUUACUUGUAUUCGAUUGUGCUGUCCUUUCGGUAGUAACCUGAUUAAUGGAAUAUGCAUUGCCGUACAGGGUAAUUUUAUUUUCUUGCAAAACUUGUAUGGAUACAUUAAUAAUUCGUUGCAAAACGAAAGUGAAAGAAGAGAAGAAUUAUUUCUUUUAAUUGUUCAAAAUCCAUGUCAAGAUUAUUACUCACUUUAUCCUUACAAUAACACAUUUCUCGCCGAUGGUUCCGUCUAUCUAUCUAAGUAUAAUACAACUAUCGAAUCAACAUCUUAUUGUCUCGCUAAUGUGCGUAAAGACGAAUUUACUGUGAAUAUUUGCUGGGAGAUUAUGAAGGAAAUCAAUGUUGAAAUCAUGAAUCAAAUCAUGGAAUUACAAAAUGAUAAUGAAACAUAUGAAAUUGUACUCACGUGUGCUGCAAUAGGACAUAUAUUACUUUCGCUGGUGAUUUUCAUAGUGUACUCCAUAGUGCCAGAACUCCGUAAUAAACAAGGCUUCAUACUGCGUAACUAUAGCGGCUUGGCAUUUAUCGGUGAAAUAAUUAUAGAGACAACACGGCGACUCAAAAGAAAUGAGAUAGAUGACUUCAUCUGUAUCGCUAGAGGUUUUAUCAUAUACUAUAUCCCUUUAGCAAUGUCUUUUUGGUUAAAUGUAAUGUGUUUCGAUAUGUGGCGUACAUUUAGACAAAUGCAACUAAGAAAUACGAAACAACAAGAGAGAAAAAAGUUAAUCAUAUAUUCUGUCUUCGCCUUUGGAGGCCCCUUUAUGCUCGCUAUUAUUUGUGGCAUUAUAGAAGUUGUUCCUGGUGUACCGAAUAAUAUUCGGCCAAAUUUCAGCGAAUACUGUGGGAUUGGCGUUUUGGCAUAUAUGUUGUAUGGUUACCCUAUUGAAACUAUCUCCUCUAUCAGUACUAUUUGCUUGUGUAUCUGUACAGCACAAAAAAUCGCGUAUUAUGAAAAAGACAUUGCUCGGCACUUGAAAGAUUCGGAGAGUCGGCGUUACAAUGACAACAAGGAAUGGUUUAAGAUAUGCGUACAAGUAACUAAAUUACUAUUUAUUAAUUAUUGCAUAUACUGGUCCUUGAUUACUAUUCAAGUGUUAUAUCAUGAAAACUUAUUUUCCAUUAAGUAUCUAUAUAUUAUACUCAAAUGCAUACAACGCUUUUGCAUUAUGAUCAUAUUUUUAUGGAAGAAAACGAUUUGGCAGCAGCUGCUAAAGCAAUUAGGUUGCCAGAAUUGCAAUAUGUUUUCAACUGAACACGUUAUGACAUCCUCAAACAAUACUACUACAUCAGAGAUGAAUUCUUUACGGGAAAAUACCGAUCCUUACGCAAACAGAAACCAUCACGCAAAGAGUUCGUCCGAUUCGACCGAUCUUUAAUGACAUUUUGCUGACAAAAGAAUUCUAUCGUAGAUCAAAAGUCAACAGUUAUAUCCAGUAAUUAAGAAUGAUUACUGUGCUGGAACGAUUGUUUAAUCGAUGAUAAAUUUUAUAAUAUCGUUGAUCCUUAUGUUUUACACAAUCAUGGUCCUGAUUUCCUUCUGUCAGAUAUAUUCAUUUUCUUAAGUCUCUUU